UCAAUGAUACUCCUCUCCACAACGCUGCUGCUGACCAUCUAUCUUUAAUCGGCCAAACAAGGGUCCAUUAUAUAAUAUUACAAUACCCGUUUAGCACCCUAACUGGACAAAUCCAUUUCCAAAGGUGGGUAGUGAUUCUAUCACAAAUCCUAGAACCUAUUUGGGAACACACAGCCUGA